UUUAAUCACGGAUGUCACGUUGCAUGAAUGAACUCUUGUACCUGGCAAAAUGGCCGACUAGGCCACGCCUACAUUACCUGGAGACAGCCUCAGCACUUACACAGGAAGUGGAGGAGUUGUUUCUUGAACAACUCCGAGCUGAGCUUUUGCGCAAUUGACAGGAAAAUGUGGCGCAUGAAGGUCGCAGCAGCACCGGACGAGAAGAAAUGAAAUAUGCGCACAUGUCCAGUGAUUUCCCUCAGGAUCAAAGUUGUAGAUUUACUCUGUAGGGCAGCAUGUCCUUAUCACGACUCACUCUAAAGAUUUUACUUCUUACAGCCAUCGCCUCCACUGUAUCAGGGGCCCUUGAGCUGACAAUCACCCCUGACAGAGGCUCCACCCUGAACAUUAGCAACACUGAUGUCAAAGGUUGCAAAGUGUGCACCGGGGCGGCACGCUCACGACAAUGUAGUGCAUCCCUUCUGCUUAAAGACAACACUCCUGUCUCAGUGGAGUUUGACUGCUCCAAACCUCAAGAUGUAUUCAAUGUGGAAAUUGUGAAAAAUAUAGAAUGCACCGCAAAGUCAUGCACUAGCCACAUCAUCCAGUCCGACUCCGGCUCGCUUCCUUUGCUGGGUUUUAACCGGAAGUUCACCUGGAAUCUGAAGGCCUCUGUGCCCACAGCGUUUAAAAUAGACUUCAGCAAAACUGGUCUGAGACAGAUUAAUGCAUCAGAUAGCUGUGCAGACAGACACAGCUACACCCUCCGGGCUUUCCAGACUACAGGGGAUGUGACCGUAGGGAAAUACUGUAUAACUGGGCCCAUCAGUAGUGUUCAGAUACUGAAUCGAGGCAGCUUUUCUCUGGAUGUCCCAGCAGGGCAGAAGCUGCAAAAUGGCCGGUUUGAUGUGUCUGUCGGGGAGGAAAUCAAAUCUCUCGCCAAAAUUACACUGACGUUACCAAAAGAGACCUCGUCCGCAGAGUUGCUCUCUCCAAACUACCCGGACAGUUUUCCUGACGACGAUGUGAUGGAGUGGUACUUUCAAGUCCCGGACAAACACAAGACAUCUGUUCAGUUCUUAAAGCACGGGCAGCCAAGUUGUCUGAAGAAGGACACAGCAGUGGAGUACCACAACAAAGGGAGAGGGGCGUUGGUGCUGAGGCUGACGGACCCUCAGCCAGAACACAAUUUGGGUAAUUUCUCCCUGACACUAAGGAACUGUGAGAUGGACAGAAGACGUGCUGGAUCUCCUGGACUGUCCCUAAACUUCAAGGUGGUUUCUUCAAGCAUUAGUUCACCAGUGUUGUGUAAAGUGGAUGUGAGCAAAAUGGAGGGCCUCACUCUUCACAUUGAGAAGUUGAGACCGGCCUCUGACUGUGAGAUGAAAAUAAACUCGGUGCUGACGGAGACGAUCACAGUCACAUCAAACAGUGAUCUGUCUUUCCAGGACUGUCUCCCUGAAGACGUGAGAGUCACCGCCUUGAGAGUCAUAGGGUGUAAUCAGCUCAAAGAAUGCCCAAAGACAAUCAAUCUGUGGGUGCCUGUGCGGCUGCCGACCUGCCUCCCUGCCCCUCUGAGCAGUGUGACCUGGACUCUCCGUCCUCCUGAGCACGGCACAGUGGAGCUGACCUCUCCCACUGUGUACCUCAAGCAGUGCGUGCCCUGGCUGCCAUGCAAUGACAGCGUCAUUAUCAAACUGGUCGAAGACGAGCGUACCACUGUUGGACACUUCUGCCCUCAGGGAGCCAUACAGAAGGUCCAAAUCCGCACACAUAACGUGUCUGUCACUGUGUCUAGCACUGGGGAUGAAGCACUAAUUUACAAGAAUGUGCUGAUUGCCAAAAUGAAAGAGGAGAUAUCAGAAAGAUAUAUAUUCACCGUAGUUCCAAAGAGAGACACUCCUGUCUUUUUGGCAAGUCCUGGUUGGCCAGCAGGGAUGGAGUCUUACUCCACCGCCUCCUGGAUCAUCUCUGUUCCCCCAAAGAUGGACGCUCGGUUGGUGUUUGCCAACAUAAGCCAGCCCAAGUGCAGCAACCGCCACACUAGCAUCAAGAUACAGAGAGUAGGCCACCUGGAGGAGGACUACAGCCGCAGGGAGGACGAGGAGGCCGAGAGUGAGAUCACAGUGUCAGAGAGCUUCUACUUCAACAUGUCCAACUGUAUGAGUGAAAGAGGACACUUCAGCGCUGUCACCAAGAUCACCCUGCAGAAGAGCAAGAACCUUCUGCUGACGAUCCUGAGUGUGGUGGCUGCUCUGUUGGUCAUUUUUGUCAUUGUGCUGGUAGUGGUCUGUGUGGUGAUCAGGAAGAAAAAGAAGAUGCUGAAUCAUCAGGUGUCCAUCUACAAUCCAAAUGGCACCGUCUUCCUGCCAGGACAAAACGGUUUACCGGAAACUCGUGAUGAUCACAGUGAACAUGAGUACGCCUCCAUUGAGGACACGCUGGUCUACACACACCUGCUGAGAAAGGGGAGAGAGAUCGGCAUGUAUGGAGAGUUUGACACGUACCGGCCGUUCACCGGACACACGGACUCAACAAAGCCGCUGUUCUCUAAAAACAGCGAUGCCAAAGAAAUGCAGCAGUUACAGAGCUCAUCACAGGAGGGGCCUCCACUUCCCGUCAGGCCUUUGAGCCAUGGCAAACGCCUGGUAGAUAAUGAGAUUUACCAGGCUGAGGGCCAAAGUGAAGAUGAACAUUCUCCAGCUCUGGGGCCUCGUAUGGAGCCAGAAGGAGGGAACUGAGGAGAUUGCGUUCGGCUUUCUGGCUUUUUUUGACCUACUUGAACUUUGAGAUUUUCAUUCUCUGGUGUCUGUGUGAUUAUCUAAUGUUCACUUCUCACAAGAAGCCUUGUUUCUAUUCUCCCGAGUGUACUUUUGCACCACAGCCAGUCACAUGAAAAAACCCUGUUCAAACCUGCCUGCAGCUGUUACCUUGUUUUAUCUCAGAUGAAGGCGCAUUUAGUUUUUAAAGCAGUACAUAAUCGCCCUCAUUAUACCAGUUUUGCCACUUUAAAGAGAUCUUGUAUUGCUUUUAGGCAAUGAAUAUUUUACAUUUGAGAUAUUUUGUACAUAUUAUUGAUGUUUAUAUGGGAUCAAACAUGCUGUUUACAUGCUGAGUUUUUAUUUUUAUUUUCAUCAUUAAAAAUGAGAUGACUCCACUGCUGCUGUAAGACACUGCACUUUUAUACCAUCAUCGAACUUCAUGAUGGCCUGUAUUGCAGGAUGUUGCAACAGCAGCGUAUGUUCAUGGAGUACUCUCUCUCUCUCAGUUUUUUAUCACUGCUUUUGCACCUGCUAUGAGGACUUUUAGAUUCAUAACACCACAAAUGUGCCUUACAGAAAGGUCAAUACACUCCUGCUAAUACAUCUUAGGAUCUUAGAGUUGUUUUCAGCCAUUUUCAGUUCAGGGAUGAAUAAAAAUUAGUUCUUUCUUGGACCUCUUGAUAGCUAGUUAAAUUAUAUUUUCGUUUUGCACUUGUGUAUCAUGAUGAAUCAGAAAUCAGAACCAUAUUUUAC